CACGAUGUGAAACAUCCCCAGAACGAGGCUGAUAAUCGGCUUCUUGAUUACUCACUAGCCCAGCACAAAGUCCACCGCAAGCAUGAGCUCGUCACUCGGCCUUCCCCCUUCUGAUACUGGAUUUGGCGACCCAACGCCAUCUGGCCUCACACCUAGCACGCGCUCCGAAGCCGAAGCAAUAUUUUUCCAGAAUGCCACCAAGCAGACUGAAUCUGCGGCACCAGAGCCCUCCCUCGCUGCCGACGAAGCACGCGCAGCAUACCAACGGCCUGGUGUUGUUCGUGCCAGCUCAGCCAACUACGAAAGGGCAUUGAAAAUGGCCCACGCGCAGAGCUCUGUCUCUUCAGACCUAUCGACACACACCGAGUCCCCCGACAAUGUUACCAGUGGAGUGACAGUUGCCUCGCCAUCGCAGUCAUCGCCGUUCCCACCACCAGGCCAAGGCGUUGUCCCCGACUACAGCGCGGUUGGUCUUGCCCCGACCGAUUCUCUGAAGAAGUCUCGAUCGAGGGGUCUGAGCCUCGGCGCACUUGCCCAACAGCAGAGCUGGAAUGAGCAGGACUACAAGAGGCUAUACAACGCCAAUCUCAUGAGUGAGGUCGAGGAUGCGGGGUAUGCUUCGGGUCACCAGAACAAGUCUUGAGUCCGGAGGCAGGCCAUUCCAAGCUCGAAUACUCAUCAAAUGUUUCCUGUCGUAUCACAUAUUUGGCGGCAAACCACCGUCGCUUUCGGUCAUCUUCCUGCUGGUUAUCAUAUCCUGCGGAUCUUCACAUGUAUGGCGUCAGGGCGCUUUUGGGAUGGGGACCAAAAGCUGCGGGUCAGCAUAGUAUGUGCAACAACGUUCGUUCUGUUUCAUGAAUAAUAAGCAUGUUCUGAUCUCAAUCUUCAUCCCAUUUGUCACAAUCAACUAUAUAUGCUACUCUCCGGCUCCGCGGUCUCAAAGCUUUGGUUCAUAGUAAUACUGAUC